CAUUCAUUCGAUUCGAUUCGAUUCAUUCAGAUCUUUGGAUCUUUCUUUUUCUUCGGAUCCGCGGUCCAAGCAAGGAGGGAGAACCCACCUCUCGACAAAAGGGAAACGGUUGUGGUCGCUGCCAUCACUCUUCAAAGGAACAUACUCGUAGUAGUGCCAAACCAGGAACAAGGAAGUCGAUGGAAGCUACCGGUAUGUUGGAUCUGGUCAGCGGACUUUUCAGUGGUGGAAGUUCUUCAUGAAAAUCAUAAGAGAAUCAAGUACGAAAUGCCAAAGAAUCCAUACAUCAAAACGAGCCCACGUGGGCAAGGCUCAAAAUCUGGGCAAAGCUCAAUAUUCAAACCGUGCUUGAUACUUGUUGGCAUAUUGGUCAUUUGCUCUUUUGCCACAACUUAUCAUUCCAUCCUUCUGGGUGAUGUCACCAAUCCAACGACCCGUCAGACGUUCCCACGUGACAAAUCCAAGCCCAAGGAAUCCCUGAGGAUUUUAUUCAUAGGCAACAGCAUUCUCUUUAUGAAUGAUUCUCCUGGUUUGCUGGUGAGAUUAAUUGAGGCUUCUGGAAAGUACACUGUCACACAUUAUGAAACUUGUCUGAAAGCAGGCAUGUAUCUGAACAUGUUUCAUUACUCGCAAUGCCCCUAUCAAAUGAGCCAGUCUCGCCAAGAUAUGACAAUGGAGCACCUCUUUGACAACACGACACAGAGCUGGGAUUACGUCAUUCUCAAUGAUCAAACCAAAGCUCCAGCAUUGCGAUUAGAGCAGCAAACCACCAGGGUUCAGAUGAGAACCAAAUUCGCACAGGAGUUUUGGGAUACUGGGGCAACACCAAUCUUCUUACAAACAGCUGCAUACCGACACCCCUUUGCCGAUUUUGGAACUUUUGAACAAUUCACAAAAUUAUUGCAUGAUGGAUACCAUGAUUAUGCCAAUGAGGUCACAGAGUGGUUUCAGAAACGAUGGCAAUCUGAUACUAGCAUUGGAACCAGGAGACCCAAGGAAGCAAGAGUUUCACCAGUGGGAGAAGCCUAUGCGGAAGUCAAGUCCAAAAACGUAGAACUAUGGGAAAAACUUUACAUGGCAGAUGGUAUUCAUCCAAGUCCCUUGGGGACAUGGCUGCAAGUGUGUGUUUUAUAUGCCACCAUGCUAAAGGAGGAACCACCCAAGAAUUAUCCUGCCUUGUGGAUUACUGCGCAGGGAAGGCCCCCACAAGAAGAAGCAACAGAACUGUGGAGUGUGGCCUUGCAAGUGACAGGGAUCAUGGAUGAACAGUUCUAUGUGGAUCAUUCCUAGCCAUCCACUACGAGUCAGACACCACAAUCCUCUGAACAGGCAUGCGUGGGCUGUGGCUCGUGGUGGCUGCGAUCUCAUGAGGCGAUUGCAUUGGCUGAAUUCAUGACUGCAAUCGCCCAGCCAAAAUGUGGUACAGAUGGUGAAAUUGGACGUGCUUGAUCCGCGCACCGUACAAGCCCAUGGCUUUUGAAGUCGUCCGAAUUCGCCUCGCUAGUCUGAAGACGUAAAGCUAGCUAGCUAGCUAGAUGCUUAUCCCGCUACCGGUUGUGAUGGAACCCCAAGCCAUGAGAAGCCCCCACUGUCAGGAUGUAUCGUUUAGCUUGGUUGGUGAUGAGUGAGCGCACCCUCUAGCUAGAGAUAACGGUACGCUUAGGACGACAGUCAAAAACUGUCGAGAUAGACUACUUUUUCCGUG